UCGGCACUGACUAUUGCAUUUUUAUGUUGGCAGAGAGGACAGGUAGGAUUAAUAUAUUUGUGUGGACUGCGUCUCCGGAGUUGUGUGUUCAGACUCAACACUCUUCCAUAAUUCUCUCGAUUCCAACUGGUUCCGAUCUUCUUGGCAGGAGCAGGAUGCUGCUUUCCAAGUCCGAGUCUGGAGAGGAUUCUAACAUGUCUCCCGAGAUGCAACAAACUUUUCAUCUUAAACACCUUAACCACAAAUCCUUCUAUUUGCAGAAGUUCCGACUUUACGAGACUCGCUCGAACUUUUAUAUGAUUGGACAAGACAAGAGUGGAUCAGUCCAGAGGGUCUUGAAGAUCAACAGAUUAGAGCUCUCUGAGCUUAAUAUCAUUGAAGAUUGUACAACGUACUCUGAAGUUGAAUGCUGUGAAUUGCUAAAAAGAAUUAAUGACGGGAAUAAGUCUACUGGCGGGCUUAAAUUUGUGACUGUUUGUUAUGGUAUUGUUGGGUUUGUAAAGUUUCUGGGACCUUAUUACAUGCUACUUAUUACAAGGAGAAGAAAGAUUGGUGUAAUAUGUGGUCAUGCAAUAUAUGCUGUUACUAAGAGCAAGAUGAUUACAAUUCCCAAUUCAGCUGUGCAAUCCAAUAUGGCUUACUCUAAGAAUGAGAACAGAUACAAGAAGCUCCUGUGCACUGUGGAUCUCACGAAGGACUUCUUUUUUAGCUAUUCCUACCAUAUCAUGCGUAGCCUUCAAAAGAACAUGAGUAACCAUGAAUCAGGACAUGUCCUUUAUGAAACAAUGUUCGUAUGGAAUGAGUUUAUGACUCGUGGAAUUCGAAAUCAUCUUAAAAAUACUCUCUGGACAGUUGCGCUAGUGUACGGUUUCUUUAAACAGUUAAAGCUUCAAAUGUCAGGAAAAGAUUUCAAUUUGACCCUCAUUGCAAGACGAUCUCGGCAUUACGCAGGAACCAGAUAUUUGAAAAGAGGGGUUAAUGAGAAAGGUCGUGUAGCAAAUGAUGUCGAGACCGAACAGAUUGUCAUUGAAGAUGUCCCUGGUAGAUGCACACAAAUAAGUUCUGUUGUGCAGCACAGGGGUUCAAUACCACUUUUCUGGUCACAAGAAACUUCACGAUUGAAUAUCAAGCCUGACAUCAUAUUGUCUAAGAAGGAUCCUAAGUAUGAAGCCACUAGACUUCACUUUGAGAAUCUCUCUAAGAGAUAUGGAAAUCCAAUCAUAAUCUUAAAUUUAAUAAAGACUCGAGAAAAGAGGCCCCGUGAAUCCAUUCUGCGUACAGAGUUUCGCAAUGCUAUUGAUUUAAUUAAUAAAGAUCUGCCUGAAGAAAACCGUUUGAAGUUCCUUCACUUGGAUCUAAACAAGAUCUCUAGGAGAACAACGAACGUAUUGGGGCUAUUAGCUAAAAUGGCUGCAUAUGCAUUAAACUUGACUGAUUUCUUUUAUUGCCAAGUGAAACCAUGUUCAAGGAUAAGGGACGUGUAUAAUUCUUCAUCGUUGGAUGAUGUUGAUGACUGCAAGGCAUGCUGCAACUCGAAAGGUGUAGUUUGCAUCGACACUGAUGAUGUCGGUGGUAGUACUUUUAUCAGGCCAUCAUUUCAGAAAGGAAUUUUACGAACAAAUUGCAUAGACUGUUUGGACCGCACAAAUGUUGCACAAUAUGCCUAUGGUUUGGUUGCUUUCGGCUGGCAGCUCCACGCUUUAGGACUUCAAGAUACACCCAACAUAGAUCUUGAUUUCCCUUUGGCAGACGAUUUGAUGAGAGUAUAUGAGAUGAUGGGUGACACACUUGCAAUGCAGUAUGGCGGAUCUGCAGCACACAAUAAGAUAUUCUGUCAGAGAAGAGGCCAGUGGAAGGCAGCAACUCAGUCUCAGGAAUUUUUAAGAACUCUACAGCGAUAUUAUAGUAAUGCCUACAUGGAUGCUGAAAAGCAAGAUGCAAUUAAUGUGUUCCUAGGGCAUUUUCAGCCACAUCAGGGGAAGCCAGAACUCUGGGAACUGGAUUCAGACCAACACCACAAUGUUGGAAAUCGAGGUUCUGACUUUUCAGAGGAAAGUGCAAGGUCAACUUUUAAAAGGUCAUUGUCAGAUGGCAACAUUUCCGGUGAAAGUAACUCAGCUAUUGCAAAUACAAAUGUUAAUAAGCUUGAGACAAAUAAGCAGAUGUAUCCUAAUAUGAUCCAAGGUAGUAGCAAAGUUCAGUCAGAUUCUACACCAGAAAUCUUAAGUUGUGAAAGUGAGGCAUCUUAUGCUACCAGGUUUACGCCUGGAAUGUCUGGUAGACAGCUUUUUUCCGGUAGUCAUUCUGAGCAAUUUUUGAAAUGUGAUAGUAAGAUGGGUCUUGGUGAACAUUGGGAUUCAUUCAAUUAUUCAAAUUUUCUUGACUCGGACUGGCACUCUUCAUCUGGAAAUUCAUGCGAGGAAGAACUGUAUGAAAGAUCUUCACUUAUAACUUCUCCAGACGCUGGUUUAUCAUCUGAAAGCAUUGUAAAUAAGCUUGAAGUAGGCACUAACACAAGUGAAUCUGGAUCUAUCAUGCAUGGAAAGGGAAUGAUUCCUACAGACCUUGACAAUGAUGAUGCUCACAGUUCCAACAUUCUGACUGAGUUCUCGGAUACCUUUGUGAACUUGCUGCAGAGAUGCUGUUCCUUUUAAUUAUUGGCAAUAGAAGUUUUGCACAAGCUUUACAUUUGACAUUAUACCUGAUUAUAUCAUCCAAAGGAUGCCAACUGCCCAACAUGAGGAAAUAAGGGAGGAUCAAAAGUAAUUGAACAGGAAAGAAAACGAGUAGUGUGUAGGUCGUGAUAAUGCAUUUAACCAAUGCAGAAUCGUGUAAAAAUUAAUGUGUUCAUAUGUUUAUCAUAUUCUUUACACAUAUACAUAAACAGAACAUGUCUAUACAGUUAUGUUGUUUCUAUUUAAGCUCUUAGUUGCUUGUAUUGUA